GAAGAGGUGGAGGAAGCUGUAAACAACAACCAGGCAUCUCUUUUGUUUAAUAGACAACAAUAGUCUGUGUGCAUAGAUUUUGACCCCUUUAAGGUUCUGUCAUCAUGUGUGAAUGAAGAUCAUUUAUUGGACGGAGCAGCAGCCCGACACUGAGUCUGCAUGGGGGGCUUUGAGAGAGAGAAGCUGUCACUCUGGAUCCAUAACUUCGGCCUUAUUGUUGUUAUUUUUGCUUGACGCGUCAUCACUGGGGAGGAUCUUUCUUUUGCUUCGGAGGCCUUACAUUUGUAAACAAUCCCAUCUCAGUGCCGCUGCCGAUGCUUUUGUCUCUCACGCUCUUCCUGUGGAGGCUCUACCGACGUUGCUCCAUCAUGUUCAGCUCCGAGAGGCUCACGGUGCCGGAGUACGUCAGCCGGCUGCAGAGAGGGAGGAGCGGCCCCCCGAGCUCCGGGUCGGGCUCCGAGCCCAAAGCGGUGUCUCCGGGCAUCGGCGCCGACGUGCAGGCGGUGCUGGCCACCUCCAUCCCGGCCCUGCGCGCCGCCAUCCGGAGGCUGAGGACGGCGCACGAGACGUCGGAUACCGAUGAGACCCGCGGGGCCAUCGCGGAGCUGUACCAGCUGGUGGAGGAGGCCUGGGCGCUGCCCGCCGCCGGCCGUCAGGUGGCGGAGGAGAUCUGCAACCGGAUCCGGCUCGACGGAGGCCUGGAGCUGCUGCUGCGCCUCCAGCAGACACCCGCCGUGGAGAUCACCUACGAGUCCGCCAAGCUGCUGGAGCAGAUCCUGAUCACAGAGAACAGAGACUACAUCGCGCGCAUGGGCCUGGGGGUCAUCCUGAACCUGAGCCGCCACCAGGACGACGCCCAGCUGGCCCGCAGCGUGUCGGGCAUCCUGGAGCACAUGUUCAAACACAGCGAGGAGACGUCGGUGCACCUCAUCUCCAACGGCGCCCUGGACGCGCUGCUCUUCUGGUGCCGGGGCACCGACCCCACCGUGCUGCGCCACUGCGCCGUGGCCCUGGCCAACUGCGCCAUGUACGGGGGCCACCGGUGCCAGCGGCUGAUGAUCGAGAAGCAGGCGGCCGAGUGGCUCUUCCCGCUGGCCUUCUCCAAGGAGGACGAGCUCAUCCGCUUCCACGCGUGUCUGGCCGUCACCGUGUUGGCCGCCAACCGAGAGAUCGAGAAGGAGGUGGUGAGGUCGGGCACGUUGGAGCUGGUGGAGCCGUUCAUCGCCUCGUUGGACCCGGAUGACUUUGCGAGGAGUUUCCUGGACCGGGCGGACUGCAUGCAGGGGCGCACGGCGGCCGACCUGCAGCACCUCCUGCCGCUGCUGGACGGCACCAGGGUGGAGGGGAAGUGCAUCGCGGCCUUUUACCUGUGCGUCGAGACCAGCAUCAAGUCUCGCCAGCGCAACACUAAGAUAUUCCAAGAGAUCGGAGCGGUGCAGAGCCUCAAGAGAAUCGUCAUGUACUGCAGCAACGGCACGGCGUGCGGCCUCGCCAAGCGGGCGCUCAGCAUGAUGAAGGAGGAGGUGCCCAAACGCAUCCUGUCCUGUGUGCCCAACUGGAAGGCCUGUGAAGUGCAGACCUGGCUGCAGCAGGUGGGCUUCAGUGCCUACUGCGACCGUUUCCAGGACCUCCAGGUGGAUGGAGACCUCCUGCUGAACAUCACCGAGCAGGAGCUGAGCGCUGACCUCGGCAUGACCGCCAGCCUCACUCGCAAGAGGUUUCUGAGAGACCUGCGCGUGUUGAAGACGUACGCCAACUACUCCACGUGUGACCCCAACAACAUGGCCGACUGGUUGGCGGCGGUGGACCCUCGCUUCCGCCAGUACACGUACGGCCUGGUGCAGUCGGGCGUGGACCGCCGCGCCGUCCAGAGCCUGACGGACCUGCAGCUGCAGCGCGACUGCCACGUCGACAACGGAGUCCACAGGGCCCGGAUCCUCUCCGCCAACCGCGGGCCGUCGGAGCCGAGCCACACGGACGCCCAGUCGGCCGGGCCCGACGUGUUCAUCAGCUACCGGAGGACCACCGGCUCGCAGCUGGCCAGUCUUCUGAAGGUGCACCUGCAGGUACGAGGCUACAGCGUCUUCAUCGACGUGGAGAAGCUGGAGUCGGGUAAAUUCGAGGACAAGCUGAUCCAGAGCGUCCAGCGGGCGCGGAACUUCAUCCUGGUUCUGUCGGCCAGCGCGCUGGACAAGUGCAUGGGCGACACGGCCAUGAAGGACUGGGUCCACAAGGAGAUAGUCACGGCCCUGGCCGGGAAGAAGAACAUCGUCCCCGUGACGGACCAGUUCCUGUGGCCCGAGCCCACGUCUCUGCCCGAGGACAUGAGGGCCAUCCUGAACUUCAACGGUAUCAAAUGGUCCCACGAAUACCAGGAGGCCACGAUCGAGAAGAUCCUCCGCUUCCUGAAGGGGAACCAAGACCAAACCGACGGCGUGGACGCCUCCAAGAGUGCAGAAAAAAAUAAAUAAUAAUAACAACAAACCGACAUAAACGGUUUGAUCUAUAUAACAUUUAAAAUGAUGCCUCAUGGCGGCUCGGCCCAAAUGCAUGUGAAGUCCAUUUGAUGUUAAAGCUUGACAUGCUCACACAAAGACCUGAUAUAUACAUAUAUAUAUAUAAAGAUAUAUAUAUACAUAUAUAUCUAUAAAUAUAUAUUAUAUAUAAGUAUAUAUGUA